AUGCAUUCUGAUUCCAUGUCCGAGAGUGAGGAUCUAAGCAACGAUUUUUCGAAUCGAACGAUCUUCAUUUGCGGAUUCAUCACGAAACGAUGGCAUAACAGUUCGUUACUGGCAAUAAUUCAUGACCUUCUCCCGAACUUCUUCCUCUCAUGUAACAACGAUACUCACAACGUAGCGGAAAGAUCCAGAGAGAUGAUAUCCAAUGCUGAUGUCAUGAUCUUCUUUGUGAAUGAAUUCACUAUUAGCGAUACAAAUUGUCUCAAAAUGCUUCAAUAUGCUUGGCAUCUCAUGAUUCCAAUUAUCAUGCUCCGUCCUCCGAAAACUAAACUCGUUAUCAGCAAACGACAGAACAGGAGAACGGAUAUGCAUGUUGGUAACGGUUCCAUAUCAAGAAUUGCCACUGAACCAAUUGGGCGAUUCGACCUCUCAAACAUUGACUACAGUCUUCUUCAAGAUAUUUUACACGAGGGCUAUAAACGUUCAAUAGUUUAUAAUCGUCAGGCUCAUGAGAGAUCCAUGAAAAAACUACAUGAGCGCCUAGAAAAUCUUUUCAAAAAAAAUAACAUAAACUCUUUCUCAACUGAGCAACCUCCGUUCUUUCUGUCUCCAUCAAGAAAUUCCAACUCGCAGUUGGUAGUUUCAAACAUAGCUUCAGCGAAAACGAGCCCCAUUCACACAACGAAAAGCCUCAGCAACUUGGCGACGAUCGACACGAAAACACCAAAGAUGAACAAAGCAACACCUGUACACACUCCUUUGAAGAAGCAAUCCAGUUGGGGAUUCGCAACUUCCUUUAGUAGAGAUUCUUCGUUUGAAAGAAGAAUGAGCCUCAGUCAUUUCACAAUUGACGAUUUGUCGAAUUUUCAACAAACGCAAUACCUAGUAUUCCCACUGAAGGAUGGAAAUAAGAAACCAACUUUAGUCAAAUUCCCCGAUGAUCUCAUUGAAGAGAAGUACAAAGAGGAAAGUUUGUGGGGAUCCGAUACAAGUCUUGAGGAAGAAGCUAAAAAUGCUUCGAGAAUAGCUCGUGGAAUCAGCAUUGAUGUGGAAGAAACCUCCCCAAUAUCUUCGCCCCCUCCGUAUAUAGAAGAUAUUUGA